AUGGAUGAAAAUUCAGAGGCAGUUUUUGAGUAUCUGGAACGGUCUCGUGAAGCCCUUUGCCGCAACCCAUUUGAUAUGGCAUUUUACGAAAAGGCAAUAAGAGCAUCCAGGUUAAGUGGAGAAUUGGAAUCUCUUAGGGAAUUUCGAAAUAUGUGUGCUGAAUAUUGUGCAGUGGAUGAAAAUUUUUGGCUCGAAUACAUCGAAGACGAACGCCGUUACCUAGGCUCCACAGGCAAGCUUAAUGAAGAAGUUCGUAAGCUUACCAAUCUAUUCGAAAUUGCCGUAGUAAAUUGCCCAUCAACCGAACUAUGGAAUAGCUACAGCAAAUUCCUAUUUGAGGUUUUUGCAAUGGAUGAACAGGACCUAGUGACCCUAGGGGAUAUAAGAAAUGUGUAUGAAAGGUCUCUCGAUGCACUAGGGCUGCAUGCCUUGGACGGUCCCAGCCUCUGGGCCUCCUAUAGGCAAUUUGAAAGCACAUUACUGAGUUCUCAAUUGGCCAGCAAUAACACAGCUGCAGCCUCAGAACAGGUUAAGCGUGUUAGGCAAUUAUUCCUUAGGCAACUAGAGCUUCCUCUGGGUGGAUUACCGGAUUUGUUGGACGAGUACAGGGUAUGGGAGGAGGAUCUUCCCCAAGAAUUCAAGCAUACAACAACACUAGCAGAGAACGCCCAUCGGGUUGGGCACGUUGCCUGGGAGGCGAGAAAGGGAUUUGAAAUGAAGGCACAAUCGGAGAUUGACGAAAUAGCAGAGCCAUUUGCACUCGAUCAUGUUUGGGCACAGUACAUUCUAUUCGAAAAAUCACAGUGUCCCAUCACCCAAAGAGUAGAUCCCAAUAGAGGCGGAGAUUUAUAUAAGGCAUGGGCUGCGCGGGUUUGUGUUAUAUAUCACAGAGCGCUUGAGUACCUUGGUUUCGCCAGGUGGGACCUGUGGGUUGAAUACUUUGACUUUUGUUCCACUCAGCUGCAUGAUUCGAUUAAAUCUCUUUGCGUUGCUAGACGAGCUUGCAGGCAUUUACCGCGUGUUUUCUGCCUUUGGCUGAUGCAAGCACAGGCUCUGGCAACUUCCGGGGCCCAAAUACGCGAUAUUACAGCGUUGAUCGGCAAGGUCAACAUAGCACUAUCAAAUCCUAGCUGUGUAUCAGACGUGCUAAUUACCGUCAGUGAGAUUUCUCCCAAGUUGCGAUCCAUCCUUGAAAAAAUUUACAUAACAAAGGAGGUGGACCCAGAGGAUAUUGAUAUUGGAAGCGGUACAAUGGCGUUUAGAAUUGAAUUGUCAUCUAUGGCCCCUAAAAAUUUGCAGUUAUUUAUGGCGCAUUUGGUGGAGUGUAGAGCCUGUACUGGUGAAUUUUGGCCCACGCUGGAAAGGCUGGUUGCAUGCGGAAUAAACUGUCCCAAAACCUGGUCUGUUAUUGCGAGAUCUUUGUAUAAACAUUCUUUGGGUGCAGUAGAUGGAGGAUUUAUUGACAUAGUAGCCACGGCGGAGAAGCAGUUCGGCCCUGAUUUUACCAGGUUUGCGCAAUCAAUUAGCACUGGUAUACAUGAUAUUACGCCAGCAGAUCUAGCCACUAUCGUAUAUAAGAUGGGUUUUAAUAAAUUGAUAGGAUCCGUCUCAGUUAAUGAUGCUGAUAAAGCAGUAAAGGAUGGUGAAACUAUCGCACAGAACAAUUUGAGGAUCGAGUUGCUUUGCAGUGAUUUUGUGCGAUUUUCAAAAGAAAUAAAUUGUGAUAAAGCUAUACGCGUGUCCAAAUUAAUGAGUGGGUAUGGUAUACAUAGAAGUAGCGCAAGGGCCAUAUCAUCGUCUUUACACUGGGUUCAAGCAUUCAGGAUGAAAAGGCAUAAGCGCCGCAGGCGCCUAGAAUCUGAAUCUGAAAACAGUUCUGACGGAAGUCAAGCUGGAUCUAGGCACAUAAGGUACCUGGAUCAAUCCGGCUGGUAUGGCUCUCCCUGUAUAUCUCCCGUUGUUCGCUCCCGAUCUGCCUCCCCCGAAACUUCAGGGUCUGGAUCUCCCAUCCAACCCCUAAGCCCAGUCAUCGCCCCUAGACAGGUUGAACGGGUCACCAGGGCCACUUGGUUUGGCAAGGAAUCAGUUGAACCAUCAUUGGCCCCGGCGGUAAUACCCUCAAAAGAUGAGCAAGAUAGUUCACAUGUGCAAUAUAAUAAUGAAAUGGGCGCUGAGAUCAAUCCUCCUAAGAUGGUAGUUGUGGAUAGACGCACCGAUGAUUCUAUGUCCCAACGUAACACUUUAUACGUAACAAAUGUGGUAAUUAGUGCUACUAGCCUGGACAUUGCCAGGCACGUGCUUUCUCACGGAUGUCAAGGGCUAGUGGAUGUAAGGUUGGGUAAGCCAAGGCCGGGGCAGCAGGUGACCUUUGCAUAUGUGGAAUUUUUGGAUAUUGAUUCCGCCAAGAAGGCUAAAUCAAAGCUUAACAAGACUCUUUUAUCGUCUCUACCUCUCAUAGUGCAGAUGUCAAGGCCGAAGAAGACAUCUCCAGCUUACAUGCCUAAUACCCUGUUCUGCAGCGCCUUUAACAUUGGUAUUCCAUUGGUGAGGGAGAAUCAGGGUCGUAUAAAGGAUGCAAUCCUGACUCUAAUUCCAAAUUCAACGGCUGUUAUAACUAUUAGGCUAGUUUUGAAUUUUGAUAACCCCAUGGAGUUCAAAAACUACUGUUACAUUGACUUUGAUACAUCUAUGGACGCCACUGAGGCCCUAUCGCUUAACUUGAUGAAACGACUUGUUUCCACAUCUGAAAUAAUACUCUCCAGAUCUUUACGCUCUGAAAAGCCAUCGUUGGAUGGGGGAAAGGCUGCAAAUGACUGUGUCGUCGAAGUUUGCACCGAUACCACUCAAACCAGAUCGACAUGGCGUAUUUAA